GGCUGGAGCAGAGCCAGCAGGGCCCCCGUUCGGAGAGGAGGACCCAUAUCUCUGUCAGCGCCAGCAGCGCAGGGCCCCAUUAUCUCCACCAGGCAGGGGAGGCGUAUCCUUUUCCCCCCUCUGCACUCCCUACUCUCUCUCUGUCUCUCACCCAUACACCAAGUCACUAGACUACAACCUGCUUCAGACGACGCCCAUCAUCCACAGCCCAUGAGAUUUGCAGCGAGAGCGGAGCCGCCACCUCCGUCGCGCGCCUUUCUCGCUCGAGAGGAAUUCAUUUGCGCUUUGUUAUUGUCGGGCUGUGCGCGCAGGCUGCCCGCGGCAUCACCUCACCAUUAACAGUCAAGAGCGCCAGUCGGUCAGAGGAGGAAGAAGGAGAAGAAGAGGAGAAGAGGGAGAAGGAGCAGGAGGAGGAGGAGGAGGCGGAGGAGAGGAAGGGCUGGCAGAGAAUUCCGGAUUGACGCUGAGAAAUAAACAAGAAGACACCCUGUUGGGAAAACAUCUGCGGAUCUGCAACUGAGAUGGCUGAGGUGUCACAAGAGGAAAGACUCCAGGCCAUUGCUGAGAAAAGGAAGAAGCAGACAGAGAUUGAAAACAAGAGGAGGCAGCUGGAUGAUGACCGAAGGCAACUCCAGCAUCUCAAGUCAAAGUCGCUGAGAGAGCGCUGGUUGUUAGAUGGAGCUCCAGCGGAGGAGGAGACUCAGAAGCGCCUGCACGAGGACGAGGUGAAGACCAAACUUCUGGAGCAGGUCAUCCUCAGGCUGGAGCGAGAAAUCGAAGAACUGGAGACAGACGAGCCAGCAAGUAAGGGCGUGGCCAAAGAAAAUGGAGGUGAAAAUGGAGUAGUGCAGACCUCUGGUCAGACCCCCAAGAGAGAGGUGACCGGCAUUGAGGCCAAGCUGCUGGGUCCCAGUCCUGAUCAGGCCAGCGCAGACAACCCUGUCACUCUGGUGUUCAUGGGCUACAAGACCGUGGAAGAGGAGCAGGAGACUGGCACGGCGCUGGGAAUGGAAGGCGUGGACGGCAACGUGAAGGCUGAGUUUGUUGUGAUCGAGGACGGGGAGGGGAAAGCAGGGGGCGAGGCCGCCACAGAAGAGCAGGCCCCGCCCAACGGGAGCAUGGCCGAGAAGGAGAAGGCCAACGGAGGUGGUGAGGAGGGGGAGAAGGAAAAGGAGAAGAAACAGACCUGCAAAUGCUGCACGGUCAUGUGAGCUGCCUGUGUGUGUGUGCGUGUGUGUGUUUGUGGAUGAGUGCACACCUGCGUCUGUGCAGCUGUGUGUGUGCCAUUUUAUGUGACUGUGUUUGGAGAUGUGUGUAGCUUCGCCUGUGUGUGUCUGUGUGUGUGUGUGUGUGUGUGUGUGUGUGCGCGUGCGUGUGUGUCAGGACUGGAAAAAAAAACAAAACAAAAAACAGAAGUACACAGCCAACAUACCAACAAUGAGAGCAGUGCGAGGCAACGCGCGCUCCAGCGACAACAAGAACCACAAAGACUCAUAAGUACACUUUACUCUGUAUACUUUCUCUGAUAUGUAUUUGACUUUUGAUUUCUAUUGAUAUUUUUCUAUUUUUCUGUCUUGACAUUUAUAUUGUAUUCAGUAUGUAUAUCUUUAUUAUGGAACUGUGUACUGUAAGUUCAUUGUUAUUGUCGGGGGGGGGGGGGGGGGAGGGGUAAAAAGAUACUGUAUUAGCUCUCUGGAUUGUACUGCUACGCCCCUGGGAGAAAUCUGGAAACCAAUUGGAGUCAAAACAGCAAAAUAUGACGGACACAGACACCUAAAUAUAUAUUUCUCUGUGUAGGCCUGCCAACUAUUUAUCAGUCAAUUUCAUAUUACAAUAUUGUCUAAGAUAUUAUUUUAAAUAGUAUUUUAAUAUAUUGAUAUGAAAUUAUGUUUUAUACAAUGUAUUUAUUGUUUUUUCCUCUCUCUCUCUCUCUCUCUUUCUCUCUAUCUCUCUCUAUAUAUAUAUAUAUCAUCUCCAACCAUUAACUGCAUGUAAAUGCUUGUAAGCACUACCAGAUUCGCGUAACAAUCAUUGCAUAUCUUGUGCUCAUAUCUUUAGUCACACAAGUCGUGCUGUCACCGAGAGUCAAUCUAAAUUGGCAGCGUUAGGGACAUGCGUUAAGUUUGCUUAGGGACGUACAGCUCGGAGCUUCUCAUAGUUGCUGUGUGUGUGUGUGUGUGUGUGUGAGUGACACGUGUACAUGACAAAGAUAAUAAGAUGGACGCGUACAUUUUGAUCACAUGUAUAGAAGUAUUUUUUGGCUCUCUCUCUCUCUCUUCCUCAGUGUAAAUCUUCCAAGGUAGCACUGCAUGAAGCCUUGCAACAUUGAUGAGCGUCUUGUCACUUGUUAGGUCUUUAUUAUUAUGCUGUCAAGUCCACGCGUGAAUGUAAAAACCAGGGGUUAAAUUGGGAUUAGUUACUACCGUAACGACAAGAGUCUUUUUUGUCUCUUUAUGAACCAAAUAAAAAUCUGAUGAUUCUGUAAUUUCACUGUGUGUCGAUCGGCUGCUGGUCUGUGUCCUCCUCACUCCCAGUUUAACCCCUGAUUCCUCCUCUGUAUACAAGUUAGUACUUGGAAUAGAUUUUCACAUCAUAAGAUAUUUGGGAUUUAGCCUUUCAUUUGCGGUGACCUUAAAACUUGUGUGGCUAAGAACAGAAUAUGAAGAAUAGAUUAACCCCAGGUGUCCGAGGGUAUUUUAGUCAUUAUUGCAAUAGAAAUAAUAUAUUACGUGAGAAAGUAAAUAGUCUUUAACUAUUUAAUCUGCAGAUUGCUAGCAUUAAAUAUCAAAGCAUAUAUAUACGCCAUUGCCAUUCAAAGCCCUGGAAGCCUGUUUGUUGUCUUUGUGUCUUCCUUCAUUUGUCAGACUUCUGCUCGUCCAUGUUCAUCUGCACAACAUCGCCGUUUUCUCAUGGUCUCACUCUUACUUUUUCUCGGUUCAGUUCACACAGAUCCAUCUUCUAAACUCAGAGACACGCAGUUAAAAAAAAACUCUGAAGUUGGUGCUAAACUCUCCAUCCCAUCCGCCAACUAUUGUCCUGCUUGUUCCCCCCCUUCUUUCACAAAUGAAGUGAGGCGGGGUUUGUGGGAAUCUACUGCCUCCUGUAUAGACUUGUUGAAUGAAAGAGUUUCUUGCAGCCUUCAGUGCCAGACGCAUUUUCCUCAAGUCCUGCCUCCAUUUACCAUCAAAGAAGUGACCUGCCAUUAACAUUCCAACGGGAGGUCAACAAACGGACGAAACAUAGCCUACGCGUUCCAUGUGUACAGUUUCACUGCAAUUGUACAUCUUGCGGCAUUGUUUCUUUUAUUGACUCUCAUGUCUUUUUUUUUCGUUUCAUGUGGCCUUUUUAGUGGAUAAUAUGUGUUGUGUUUUUUUUUUUUAAAGAAAAAAGUGUAUUGUUGGUGCCUUUGUCAGGUUCAGUUGGUUAGACUUGUCUGUCUGUCUGUCUGUCUGUUUCUUUGUUCUUGCUCUGCUCCUGGUCAUGAUGACCCAGUGUAAACACUGCCCUCUACUCCGGACUGUCACUACAGUAUGGUAGAAUAUUACACUUUAUCUACAUCUAUACAUAAGUGCGUUUCAAACUUUGUAUCCUGUACCCAUUUUUUUUUUUUAACUGUUUGAGGUUUUUAAUCAUCAUUAUUAUAUACAGACAAGAAACAGCCAACAUAUAUGUAAGGCAUUACACAUUAUGUAAUGCCUUACAUAUAAGUUAACCUAUGCAGAUUAAGUGUCAGUCAGUGUACAUACAGUGUAUACACAUGUACAUGUGUGUGUAUAGCUACAAAUAACCUGUACGUUUAACCUGUAAGUCAAAUUCAGCAAACUAAGGCUUUGCUUGAUAGUGGGUCUCUGGGACAGCAGCAGGAAAAAAAAGCAAACUUGUGUUAGACCAAUGCCUGUUCAUCUAUUCUGUGGUCGUCUAAAUGUUAAAUCUUGAAUAAAACUACUCUUUGUUUA